CUCUCAUUUCCAACCAAUUUCGUUCUUAAUAAUCUUUCUUCUCUUUACAUUUGACUGCCUCAUUUAUUAUAAAGCAGGCAAAACGAAGAAAGUGUUUCUCCUUUUAUUUUUUUUUUCAAAUAAAAAUAGAAAAUCGGCAGAAAAUAGUUUUCCACUGCACAAUUCGAAAUGGAAAUUGUCUGAAAAUUAAAUGAAGUGAAAAUAUUUCAACUUUCUUUUUUCCCCUGGUUAAUAAAUAAAUAGAAGAGAAGUAAAAAAAAAGUGAAUGAAAACAACAACAGUCAAGUGCAAUUCUUUCUUAAAUGUAUAAACGAAGAGACGGAAAUUAAUUUUAAAGACGUCGAAAAAAGUUUAUAUCGUGACGAGGACAUUCAACCGGAUGCCGAUUGUAUUUGAAUGCAAGCAAGAUUGUGAAAAAAACAUUAUGAGAAUUGUCGUCAACAAGCAAUUUAUGCAUCAUCAAGCUUAGAAAAUUUCGCAUCCACGCGUUGAACACUCAAAGCAGAACAAGAAAGCAAAAAAUAAAAUUAACAAAAACAAAAAAUAAGAAAAAAAAAGGAAAGAAAAAUUGACGGCACAUGAUACCAAAAUAAAGAAAAAGAUUCACAAAAGUUUUCUUUUAUUUAAAAGUUGAUGUUAUAUGAAACAGAGCGAAGAGAGCAGCGGAAGGAGAAGUGUUUGGCAUGUUCUCAAAAUGCAACAAAUUUCGUUUGUCCAAUGACUGAAAGAAUCAUAAGCAUAAAAUUUUUAUGAACACCAUAAUUAAUCGUCGGAUUUAAACCCAAACAUUAUGUUUUUGGAAGUCGCGUUUGUAAAUGAUUAAUAGACUAGCUGCAGUGUCGUGUAGUGAACAAUGCGGAGUUGAAUAUUAAUUUCUUUAGCCUAGGAGUGUCACUGUCGUCUAAAAACCGAAUUAAAUUAAAAAUUAUCUGCAAGAGGAAUCAGAUAAUCCCAAGUAAUUCAAGAAUUUAAUUCUGUGCAGAUCUUUUCAUAUAUCCGACAAGACAUUUUAAUACGUAGCUGUAAGCAGACAUAAAUUAUUAAUUUUUAAUCAAUACACGUCGCUGCCAAUAAUAGCGGAAAAAAACUGCAAAUAAAAAUGGAACCAAGAAUACACUUCAUUGGAUUCUUCCUGCUCAUCAUUCGCUUUAUAAAUAUUGAUUCACAUCCGAGACAUGAGAAUCCCGCAAGCAGACUCAGUCAUAACAAUAAAUUAGAAACAGACUUUAGUGAUGAUGUGCAAAACUAUCUCAUGCAAUUUGGCUAUCUGCCGAAGUCAAGCAUGGAGACUGGAAAUCUUCGAUCAGAAGAUCAACUCAAAGAUGCCAUCAGAAGUUUACAAAAGUAUGGAAAUAUUCCAGUCACUGGUAGAAUAGAUGAGAGAACAAGAAUGUUACUUAAAUCACCACGAUGUGGUGUUCCUGAUUUUGACACAAGUGAUUUCAAAGCUCGUAAAUGGCACCAAUCAACACGCUCAAAACGAUUUGUAAUACAAGGACAGAAAUGGUCCACUGAGAAUGUCACGUGGAGUCUAGUUAAUCAGACGAUGUCAACACUUGACGCUGGCCAGACGCGUCGAAUUCUUCAUGAAGCUCUAAGCGUCUGGUCAAAGAAUUCAAAACUGAAUUUCCGUGAAGUUUUAAGCACUGAAGCAGACAUUCAAGUUUUAUUUGCCAAAAAACAUCACGGAGAUGGAUAUGAUUUUGAUGGUCCCGGCAACAUCUUAGCGCACGCCUUUUAUCCCGGUUCUGGUCGAGGAGGCGAUGCACAUUUUGAUCAAGACGAAGAUUGGCAUUUAGAUGAUCGUACGAUUGAACAUUAUGGAACAAGCCUUAAAAAUGUAGCAGUGCAUGAAUUCGGCCACAGUCUCGGACUUGGACAUUCGUCUGUUCAGGGUGCAGUCAUGUUUCCAUGGUAUCAUGGAUAUCGUGGCGAUGGUGACUUACCUGAAGACGAUCGACUAGCAAUUCAAUCAAUUUAUGGCACAAGAAAUGGAGCGAAACAAUGGGGACCCAAUCCAAGACGACAUCAUUACACAAGAAGAACCACAACCACUCCUAGAACCACAACAACUCGUCGCUCUUAUACGAGACGUUAUUACACAAGCAAUCGAAAAUAUAACGAUCCGAAAGGAAGACGAAACAGUUUUGACACAAAUAACCCUUCGAAAUAUCCAGACAGACCGCGAUACUAUCCGUCCGUUGCAACAACAAAAUCCCCCACAACAAAAACUACGACGGCACAUCACAAUACUCAUCAUAACAGACAUCAUCAUCCGAUUCCCGAAACAUGCAACACUGCUUAUGAUGCUAUAACUAUUAUUAGGGGUGAAAUAUUCAUUUUUAAGGGUCGCUAUCUAUGGCGUGUUGGGAAUGAUGGCUUACUCGGCGGGUAUCCACAUGAAAUCACUAAAAUGUGGAAUGAAUUGCCUCGCGAUCUGACUCAUAUCGAUUCUGUUUAUGAAAAUAAGCGAAGACAAAUUGUUUUCUUUAUUGGAAAACGAUAUUAUGUGUUUCAUUCACAACAUUUAUUGCCUGACUAUCCGAAACCACUCACUGAUUUGGGACUUCCUGAGACACUUGAGAAGAUUGAUGCUGCUUUAGUGUGGGGACAUAAUAAUCGGACGUAUUUCUACAGCGGAACCGAAUAUUGGCGCUUUGAUGAAGAUGUGAUGCAUGUUGAGCUUGAUUAUCCACGGGAUAUGUCGAUGUGGCGAGGCAUUGGAUAUGAUAUUGAUAGUGCUUUCCAGUAUAAAGAUGGAAAAGGUUAUUGGCAAUUUGAUGAUUAUCACAUGAGAGUUGCACAUGAGUCGCAAAAAAAAUCAGCACAAAGGUGGAUGGGUUGUCGAGAGGUGUUAGAGUUAUAUCCCGAUCAACGACAGUAUUUGAAGAACACAAAACGUGAUGAAGAAAUGGAAGAUGUUGAAAAUGAUGACGAAGAAGACAUGUACUUUGAGUUUGAAUCAUCAUCACAAACUUCGAAAUCGAGCAUACAAUUUACUCUUCUCUAUUUAAUGGAGACCGACUGGGGUUCACCUAAGAAAAUAAGGUAA